AUGUCCCGCCAGACCCCGAGGCCGCCCCCCAAGUUCGUGGCCACCCUGCUCUCACCCAUCCUCUGGCGCAUGGAGGCGCCAGACAGGUUUGACAUGUACAGUGUGGGCAUCACGCUGCUGCAGAUGGCCUUCCCGGCGCUGCGCAGCGACAACGGCGUGAUCGCCUUCAACAAGCGGCUCAAGGAGUGCGGCUGGGACCUUAACAAGUGGCGCAACGGGGAGGCCAUGGGCAAGUGA